UACAAAGGUUAUAUUUGAUCAAAUAUAGUGCUAUCGUGGAUUCACGUUCGAUUAGCCGGCAUUUCGAUCAACGAUGUUCGCAGUAUAGGUACUGUCAUGGACACAGAUGUAGAACUUGCCAAAGGUGAAGGGUGUGAAACUAGUCCAGGUUGCUCUGGCUAUUCUAGUAUGGUGCACAGUAAAAAAGUUAUCAAACAUGCAUUACGACAGCAAGCCAAAAGACGUAGGAAAAAUACAACUAUCGCAGCUGGAAAUUCUCGUACUCUUCCAAGGAUUGUUGUUAAACCAUUACCUCCACCUCCACCAAAUGAUCCACCAUCUCCAGUUAAUAAUGUACAGCAUAUUAAUACUACAACUGAAGAGCCUGCUGCCACAAUGAGAGAAGUGCUGGCAAGUUUGCCAGGAUUUAGUUUAAAAUCUGGACGUAGGCGAUCAACGAAACGAUUAUCAGCAACUGCACAACUGGAGGCUGGUCUUGUAGAUCUUGAGUCUCCAGCAAGUAUCUUAGCAAGUACAAGUUUACGUGCUCUUUUAAAUAGGCAUACCUUCCAAGGGUUACCACCUUUGUAUCAAAGAAAGCUUGCACAACUUUUACCUGCUGUAGAUAGACAGGAUGCUGCCACAUCUGGAUUAAACAAUGAAUUCUUUGCUCGAGCAUGUCUAGAAUGGCGUAAACGCUUGGCAGAAGGAGAAUUUACACCUGAGAAUCAACAAAGAUUGAAGAUGGAGGCAGAAAGAGAUAAAAACAAAUUAGAUCCAUGGAAAGUGAAACAUUUUGAACCUAUAUGGGGUGAAAAACGUGAACCCAAACUUAGAUCAGGUCUCCACUGCAUUACAGAGUCAAGAUCUGGGGGAGCUGUAACGCGUUCGAGUUUAAGACUUCGUUUAGAAUCUAAUGUAGAUACACCUGUAUCAGAUACUCCCUGUCCUAUUAUUGUGUCUGAAGAUAAAGUGGAAGAAGAUAAUUGUAAAGUUGAAACUAGUAUAAAUAAUUCAGAUGAAUUGAAUGAAACAGAAAUACAAGAAUUAUUACCAUCAGACUAUAAUGAAACAGCACAUACGUUAAUUGACGAAAAACACAUAGAAUCUGUAAACAUAAAUUCUGUAGAAACAAUAGUUGAUACUGAAAUGCAUCAAGAUAAACUCGAGGAAGAUGAUAAAAUUAUUAAUUUACCAGAAAAACAAAAUAUAAUCGAAGAAAAUGAAGUAGUAACACAGGUCUGUCAAGAAAGUAUUUCAAACACGUAUGAUGAAGAAAUACAUUUACCUCAAGAUGAAAAGAAUCUUCAAGCAAUGGAGAAUCAUAUACUCGAAGUAUCCGAAGAAGAUACGAUACUCUUACCAGAAGAGAAUGCUUCACCGAGAUCCAGUGAACAAACAGAACAAAUGUCUCAUACAUCUAGGGAAACAUCAUCACAGUUAUCAACAGAAUGCACAUCUCAAACUUCUGUAGAUCAAGUACCUCAAAUAUCGAAAGAGCAAAUAUCUCAAAUGUCGGAGGAACAAAUUUAUUCGAUGUCCGAUUGCGAGACUACAACUAUGCUCGAGACACCACCCCCACAUGAGCAAGUUAGAUCAACUGAAAUUGUUAUGGAUGAUUCCACAUUAAUUAAUAACAAUCACACUGAAACAACGCAGGUUUCUCAUGAAAAUCCAACGGACGGUGAAUCGCAAAUUCCUGAAGGAAUGGAGAUCGACAGUGAAACGUUACAACGUAUUCACGAAUUGGAGGUAAGGGGAGAAAUGCGCGAAGCGUACGAAGAGAUUUCGGGAUGUCCCGAAGAAAUAAUGUACCCUAUUCUCGAUGGAAUGGAGAUGGGAUCGAAUAAUACCGAAGAAACUGAAACACAAGUGGUAUCAGGACAGUCAGAGGCCACUAGAGAUCAACAAGAUGUAAAUAGUGGAAAUGAAGACGAAGCUCUUCGAGAAGCAAAUAACUACGUCUGUUCUGAAAUGUUAGAAUGUAGUUGGUCGGUAGACCCCACAGUUAACAAUAUUAACAAUAAUAAUAGGACUCAGGAAGAGCUUCAAGUUCCAUGGCCAUUAGUAGCUGCAGCUCUUGACGGAUCUGUAGCCGCUAACAUUACGGUGACCACUCAGGACGAAUGCAAUGAGACACCCACUUCGACCGAUUCGACUAACCCAUCUCAACAGUUUAUCAACACAGAUUCGAAUGUAGAAUCCGUUAACUGUAUUCAACUACCGGUUGUUCAAGGAACGCCGUUUCAAUCGGAAGGUCUCGCAAUCGGCACACCGGGAACGAGUUGUAUAAUGAAGAAUUUUCAGACUCAGAGUUCACCUAUUAUUGCCUUUCCACAACUGCAAUCUAUCAGAUUCGUGCAAACUAGUUUUCAUUCUGAUCAAAACUCCGCGUCGACUUUGAACAGCACGUCUCCAAUUACUGCUCAAAUACAGAAUCAACAAAAUACAACCUCGCAUGUAAACAUAAUGAGAACACAAGAAGAAGUUAUUCAACUAAAUACUCAAAAUAAUAAUACACGAAAUAUUAGAAGUAACGUGACCCAAAAUCAAGUUCAAAAUACCGUAACAGCCGCGAUUGGUGUACAACCACAAAAUCGUGCACAAAAUACCAUCGUUAUUCAACAUCAAGCAUCGGCCCCCACGCAACCGCGUCAAGUUGUAGCGACCAUACAACAACAAUAUCCUGGAGCAACAGUAGCUGUGUCUUCGAGAUCUUCACGUUCUAAUAAUCAAAGUAGUCAAAGAGGUUCAAGGAACAGUAAUAAAGAACAAGGAGGAGGUCGAUCUCGUAGUACUACAAAAGAACCACCUGGUGCUGUUAACUUGGAACGCAGUUAUCAAAUAUGUCAAGCGGUUAUUCAAAGUUCACCAAAUAGAGAUCAAUUAAAAGCUCACUUGAAACCGCCACCAAGCUUACUUGCCAGAGGUGAUGGUGCCUUCACGACGAAUAAAUCUGGUGGUCGUACAAUUACGACUGUUAAAACACAAAAGCCAUCACAAACAAUACAAAAUAAACAAGCUCAAAAUAAAACUCAAGCAGUUAUGUUGAGACAUGUGUUUGCAACUGCACGACAAGCUACUUCAACAGAGGUUCCAGAAAGCAAUACUGUAGCACAAUUAGGAUCCACAACAACAGGUGGAUUGGGUCAAUAUAUAUUGGUGCAGAGAACAGGAGUUGGAGAUAGUGCCCCAAGAGCAUCAUCUGCUCCCCCUCUGCCACCUCAAAUUGCUGGAAUGGGUGUUGGAGUACAUUUAGUACGUGGCAGACCAGCCAGUGCAGGAGAGGGUUCACAUCAGGCCGUAACAUUGAAAGCAAGGGGCACUGAUGGUAGAGGAGGAGGUGGCGCCGAACCUGGAGCACCCGGUAUGAUUAUGGGUGGUGAUCCACCGCCCCCUUGUGAAUGUAAUAUGCGAGGUGCUAUGGUAAUAUGUCGACAGUGUGGCGCGUUUUGUCACGAUGACUGCAUCGGGCCUCAACGUAUUUGUGCUACCUGUCUUAUACGUUAAUCAUUGUUUAACGAUUGUUUCUGUAUAAAUUAAAAAGA